GCGAGAGCGGCAGAGGGGCCGGAGCCGGGACGGGCGAUGGGCGUUGAACCUCCUUUCCGGCCGCAGACCCGCGUCCCCCCGCCCGAGCGCGGGCUGCACGCUCGGACCCUCCGGGGGACCCCGGCCCCGUGUCAUGGAAGGCUUGCGGCGGCGCCCGUCCGAGUCCGAUGGAGAGGAGGCGGCGGCCCCCCAAACCCGGCCGCGCCAGCCGGACCGGCCCCACGCCCCCUGGAGAAACGCGGCGGGUUUCUGGCUCUUGGGCCUUUGUAACAACUUCUCUUACGUGGUGAUGCUCAGUGCUGCACAUGACAUCCUUAGUCACCAGAGGGCGCCUGGGAACCAGAGCCACGUGGAGCCAGGUCCCACGCCCAGCCCCCACAACAGCUCAUCUCGAUUCGACUGCAACCGCAUCUCCACCGCCGCAGUGCUCCUAGCGGACAUCCUCCCCACCCUCGGCAUCAAGCUGCUGGCUCCGCUCGGGCUCCACCUGGUGCCCUACAGCCCCCGGGUGCUCGUCUGCGGGGUGUGCGCGGCUGGAAGCUUCCUCCUGGUGGCCUUCUCUCCUUCCGUGAUUAUCAGCCUGUGUGGUGUGGUCCUGGCCAGCAUCUCCUCAGGGCUGGGGGAGGUCACCUUCCUCUCGCUCACCGCCCACUACCCCAGAGCUGUGAUCUCCUGGUGGUCGUCAGGUACUGGCGGAGCAGGGCUGUUGGGGGCCUUGUCCUACCUGGGCCUUACCCAGGCCGGCCUGUCCCCCCAGCACACGCUGCUGUCCAUGCUGGGCGUCCCCGCGCUGCUGCUGCUCAGCUACUUCUCAUUGCUCACGGCCUCCGAGCCCCAGGACCCUGGAGGGGAAGAGGAGGCAGAGACUUCCAGCCGGCAGCCGCUGAUCAGCAAUGAGACCCCAGAGUCAAAGCCAGGCGUUGGCUCGGACCUCUCCCUCCAGGAAAAGUGGAGCGUGUUUAAGGGCCUGCUGCGGUACAUCAUCCCCUUGGUCCUGGUGUACUUCACCGAGUAUUUCAUCAACCAGGGCCUUUUUGAGCUCCUCUUCUUCCGGAACAUAUCCCUGAGCCACGCGCAGCAGUAUCGCUGGUACCAGAUGCUGUACCAGGCCGGCGUCUUUGCGUCCCGAUCCUCUCUCCGCUGCUGUCGAAUCCGCUUCACAUGGGUCCUGGCCCUGCUGCAGUGCCUCAACCUGGCCUUCCUGCUGGUGGCCGUGUGCGUGAACUUCCUGCCAAGCAUCUACCUCGUCUUCCUGAUCAUUCUGUAUGAGGGGUUCCUGGGGGGUGCGGCCUACGUGAACACCUUCCACAACAUCGCACUGGAGAGCAGCCCCGAGCACCGGGAGUUCGCCAUGGAGACCGCCUGCAUCUCCGACACCCUGGGCAUCUCCCUGUCGGGACUCCUGGCGCUGCCGCUGCACAACUACCUUUGCCACCUCUCCUGACCCGGCACACAGGAUGCUGGGACUGAUGGACAGGCAGGUCCGACACCGAGGCCUGUGAGCGAUGCCUCGGACUGGCCUCCACCCCUGCCCUGGGCAGAGAGGUGUGUAAAGCCCCACUUC